GAAAAGGCCGCAGGGCUACGGCAGGUCAGGGAGGAGGCUGAGUCCCGGCCCUCCGCCGGCUGGCUGCUGAGGGGGCCCGGGCCCCGGGGGGCGACGUGGCCGCGGUGCCGCCGCAGGGAGUCCUCAGAUUCAUCAAUAGGAUUGUUCUGUCACCAUCAUGUCUUGGUUUGCUGAUCUUGCUGGAAGGGCAGAAGAUCUUUUAAAUCGAGUUGAUCAAGGGGCUGCAUCGGCUCUCAGUAGAAAAGAGAACACUAGCAACACCACAUAUAGCAGAAAUACUGACUAUGCCGAACUUGAUCAGCCAAGUGCAGACUUGACUUACCAGACUGGACCUGGAGCUACUUAUAUUUCUUCAGCAGCUGAUAAUGUCCGAAAUCAAAAAGCCACCAUUCUAGCUGGCACUGCAAAUGUGAAAGUAGGCUCCAGGACAGCCGGGGAGGCCUCCCAUCCUGUUGAAAGUUCAUCAGUCCCCAGGCCUUCAUUCCAGUUUGUGCGAAGAAAAAAGUCAGAACCUGAUGAUGAGCUGCUAUUUGAUUUUCUUAAUAGUUCACAGAAGGAGCCUACCGGGAAGGUGGAAAUCAAGAAAGAAAAGAGCAAGGCACCUGUCUUCCCAAGUUCUCAGACAUCAAGUGUCAGUUCUGUGAAUACCAACGUGACCACCAUCAAAGCUACUGAAGAAAAUUCUGAGAGUCAAAGCCAUGAAGCUGCUAAUAAUUCAGAUUCUAUCCCUGAACACUAUGAGGACUCCUCAAAGGAAAACACAUCAUCAGAUGCUACCUGCACUGACCACAGCCCAGUGCCUGGUGAUGGAGGCAGAUCACAUGAGCUGUCUAACCUCCGACUGGAGAAUGAACUGCUGAGAAAUGAAGUCCAGUCUUUAAAUCAGGAAAUGGCCUCACUACUUCAAAGAUCCAAAGAAACUCAAGAAGAGUUAAACAAAACAAGGGCAAGAGUUGAAAAAUGGAAUCUUGACCAUUCAAAGAGUGACCGGAUAACUCGGGAACUCAGAGCCCAAGUGGAUGACCUGACUGAAGCGGUGGCUGCAAAGGAUUCCCAGCUGGCUGUCCUGAAGGUCAGACUCCAGGAGGCUGACCAGCUGCUAAGAACGCGCACCGAAGCCCUGGAAGCCUUGCAGACUGAAAAGUCCCGAAUAGUGCAGGAUCACAAUGAGGGUAGCAGCCUACAGAACCAAGCUCUGCAAACUCUUCAAGAGAGACUGCAUGAAACGGAUGCUACUCUGAAGAGAGAGCAAGAGAGCUACAAGCAAAUGCAGAAUGAGUUUGCUGUGCGCCUUAAUAAAAUGGAAGUGGAACGUCAGAAUUUGGCAGAGGCUGUUACUGUGGCAGAAAGAAAAUACUCUGAUGAGAAGAAGAAAGUUGAUGAGCUGCAGCAGCAAGUGAAGCUGCAUAAGUCGAACCUGGAGUCUUCUAAGCAGGAGUUAAUUGACUACAAGCAGAAAGCUACCAGGAUACUCCAGUCUAAAGAAAAAUUGAUUAACAGCUUAAAGGAAGGCUCUGGCUUUGAAGGCCUAGAAAGCAGUACUGCUAAUAGCAUGGAGCUGGAAGAACUUCGGCAUGAGAAAGAGAUGCAAAAAGAGGAAAUACAGAAGCUGAUGGGCCAGAUACAGCAGCUCAGGUCUGAACUGCAGGAUUUGGAGGCUCAGCAGGUUAGUGAAGCAGAAUCAGCGAGAGAACAGUUGCAAGACCUGCAAGACCAGAUAACUGGGCAGAAAGCAUCAAAACAGGAGCUGGAGACAGAAUUGGACAGAAUGAAGCAGGAAUUCCGCUAUAUGGAAGAUGAUAUGUAUCGAACCAAGAACACAUUGCAAAGCAGAAUCAAAGAUCGAGAGGAAGAAAUUCAAAAACUUAGGAACCAGCUUACCAAUAAAACCUUAAGCAACAGCAGCCAGUCCGAGCUAGAAAGUCGGCUCCAUCAGCUAACAGAGACCCUCAUUCAGAAGCAGACCAUGAUUGAGAGUCUGAGCACAGAAAAGAACUCCCUGGUCUUUCAGCUGGAGCGCCUGGAACAGCAGAUGCACUCUGCCUCGGCAAGCACUAGCAACGGCUCCUCCAUCAACAUGUCUGCCGUCGACAAUGGCGAAGGGACACGACUGCGAAAUGUUCCUGUUCUUUUUAAUGACACGGAAACUAAUCUGGCAGGAAUGUAUGGAAAGGUUCGCAAAGCUGCUAGUUCCAUUGACCAAUUUAGUAUUCGUCUGGGAAUUUUUCUCCGAAGAUACCCCAUAGCACGAGUGUUUGUAAUUAUAUAUAUGGCUUUGCUGCACCUUUGGGUCAUGAUUGUCCUGUUGACGUACACACCAGAAAUGCACCACGACCCGCCGUACGGCCGAUAACGGGGCCAGGCUGGCCGAGUGGCGCUCUCUUCUGGACCUGGGUUGGCAUAGAGGCCAUUGCCUGAACUGCUGAGAAGGGUGUCCAGGAUGAUUUUACCACUGCAGCUUUUAACCUUUUAAGUUAUUACACAAGUGCUCCGCUACCUAAAUCUUCCUCUUCUUCCCUUCAAAUGGUAAGAGUUUCUAAAGCAGACAGUCAUUUAACAAGCUUGACUCCCAGUCCAGGGGUCCUAAGAGAGAUCCUGGGGUGUUCCCCUCUGUGCAGACCUUGCUGAAUUUUAAGUGACACUGAUUAUGGGUUAUAAUCAGGGAAACCAAUUGUAUUUAGUGAUUAAAAAUAAAAAUAUUUCUUUUUUGAUAAUUCA